AUGGCCGCUGCUGUCAUGCAGACACUUUCAGCCAGGUCUCUCGAUAGAGAGAUUAUGCCCCCCUCUCCAAUAUCCAACAAACAAUCUAGGCAUGGCCGAAGUAAGCACGGAGGGAGUAUCUCCAACAACAAAAAGUCCCGUCAAAGGGGCUACAGCAUCAUCGCGGAACGUGACGCGACCGUCACACGAGCUCUUACUAAGCUUCUUAAGCGUACCGCAGAAGGCGAUGAAAAGGAAGAGGGCACAGAGAGGCUUGUAGCUGAUUCUGAGGGUUGGUUCAAUUGUGAGAAAGUUGUUAGUGCCCCCAUCUGCUGGAUAUACAAACAUCAUGAAUUGGAAGACCAUUUCGAUCUCAAGAGCCUCAAUACCCUCGAUCUCAGCCUUUUGGAGCUUCGAAAAGUUAUCGAGUCCCCCUCCUCGAAGUCCCGCUUCACCCUCAGACCAAUCUCAUCACACGGUACCGAGUCAGAAUCUCCAUCCGACUACCUUAUCCGUUUCAGCACCCCCUCCACCCCCACCACCAUCAACCCAUCCAACCUAUCCGCCAUUUCUCUUGAACGCCUUAACCCCAGCACUGCAGAUCUCCCCGACCUCGUCGUUUACGAAACUUCAUACGCAAAUUACCCCCUCAUCCUCGCUUCCGGAGGUAUCAGAAAAGCCGGCGGCCAAGCCCAUUUGUCGUUCGCCAGUAUCGCCAUUUCAUCCGAUGAUACCGAGGCUCGAACUUCUAUAUCUACUAGUAAGGAAGAUGCCGAUGUAUCCAUCUACAUUUCUCUCAAAUUCGCUAUGGAUCUCAAUCCACAGAUAAAAUGGUACAGGAAUAGCAAUGGAGGAAUAGUUAGCGCAGGGGAUGAGAGUGGUAUUAUUGAUAAGACUGUAUGGAAGAAGGUGAUUGCGAGAAGAGCGGAUAUAGGCGUAUUGUUUGAGGAUGGAGUGGCGAAAAAGGAGAUUCCGGUUGGGUUGAGGGGAAAAGGUGUGAAGGGGAAGAAAGGGGGAAAGGGGAAGGGAAAUGGGUGGAAUAGUAAGGAUAUGAGAGAGAGGAGUGAGGAUGAGAACGAGUCAAAUGAGGAGUAA